CAUGAUUUUAACGGAAAUAUGAAAGUGGGUUUUUUAAAAUAUAAUCCAUAUUUCCAUCAACAUAAAUUUGACAUAAAUCUGUAAAGUAGCUUAACUGGUUGAACUUAUCUAACAGAAGAAUUACUUUAGAUAUGUAUCAAACUAGUACCAGUAUCUUCUUGAGAUGGGAGUUGGUGAAGGUUCAUGUAUGGAGAACCAAGCUCUGUGUACAGUAUUGAGUUGUAUGGGAGUCAGGAUGAGUUGGUGAAGGUUCAUGUAUGGUGAACCAAGCUCUGUGUACAGUAUUGAGUUGUAUGGGAGUCAGGAUGUCUCACGAGGGGAGGGCCAGUCUGGUCCUGAAAACCUCUCUGGCCACGACUUCAUCUGGCAUCAGCUGCUCGACUAACUUGGCAGUGCAGAGCAAAAGUUCCCAACAAAAAAAAAAUCCAAAAGAAUUCCAGCGUUUAAAAAUAAACAGCAGCCAAACUGAAGACAGCUUUAAAAAAACGUUUUUCAACCGACUGAGUAAGAGGUCACUGAGCUCUGUGGUGAGGGAAAAAUGCAUGUCAUGCUUAGAAUUGAGAAGGAAAUCAAACUUUCAGUUUAGAGCUGUGGAACUACCAAUCUCCUGUAUCUGUACAUGAGUUUGACCUGGUAGAGUUCAGACCCCAUUUGAAGGCAUUAGUCUGAAUGAGGCUGAAGAGCACUACAGAUCCUCACAAUUCAAUCAACUUGGAUAGCUCUGCAUAAUCAGAAUUAUUGAUCAUACUAAUGAACGGACUACAAUAGAUGUGUUCCAACAUGAUGGUGAUUUUUCUUAGUAUGGUCAUACUAAAUGUGUUUUUAUAGGAAUGUAUAUUGUGCUUUAAUGAACUGUUAUGUUAUGUUGGGCCAAUCUAUCUUCUAAAUCUGCGUUUCUUCCCUUCUUUUUGUGUCUUCUUAUUUCUAUAGAUGAACCUGUUAAAGCUUGAAGAUGCCUUGAGAGGAGUAGAAAAGACAGGAUGGUUCUAGAUCACUGAGCAGAGAGAAAACAGACCAGAGAGACGGCAUGGGGAAUUCUGAGAGCCAGUACAGCAUCCAGGGUCCGCGGGGCACCAGCAUCGUCCUUCCAGGGAGACAAAAGCCCUUUCUAAAGUUCCGCUCCACCAAAGACGAUUCGGUGUCUCCUCACGGCUGCUGGAGAGUUAUCCCAGGCGCUUCUGCACACAAGUCUAAAGCUGUUGGCCGUGGCUGCCUCUCUCAGCAUAAGGGCAGUCAUCCCUAUGUCCCCCGACAUUAUGAUUACAUUACUAAAGGAGUGAGUGAGGGGGCCAAUGGGGGUCUGUGGCGUGGCUCCCACGAUCGCCUGGCAUCAGAGGGCCACCUGGUGUUAUCAUCAGAGAAUGGUUAUGGUCAUUUUGAAGAUGCCACAGAAAAGGGCAGGCGUUACAGUGAACAUAACGGGUACGUGACGAACGGGCACCAAACACCCGACAAAAACCCCUCUCCAGAGUCACUGGAGGAGCAGAGCAGCCCACGAGUGGUUAUCAAAAAAGAUGGCAGCCUACGCGUGGAGUUCACCAACACCACCAAUCCUUUACUGCUGGACGAGUGUGCUGGGCCUGUGCAGCUGCUCAAGUUCUCCCCGAAUGUGGAUUCAACACCCAGCCUCCCUGGGGUCACACGCAGACAUGACCCGCACCAUGGAGCACCCACGGCCUCCAGCUCCACCACCAGGACUAGUAAGGGCAGCUCUCUGAGCUCAGAGGGCUCUUGGUAUGACUCCCCAUGGGGAACCGGAGCGGAGCUGAACGAGGCAGAUAGUGUGUCUCCCACUAGACCACAUGACAGCACAGGGGAUAGCCAAUCAAGAGUGUCAGAUCAACAGUUACUGUACCGUGACCCCACCAUGGCCGUCACCUUCAACACCACCAAGGACCUGCCCCUUGGGUUCACAGAUGAGCUGCCGACCAAACACCGGGCCUCCGUUGUGUCUGUGAUGGAGGGGUCCACAGAAGAGGAGUGUCCAGAGGGGAAACAGUACUCCUCCAUGACUCUGCCCUGUCGCAAGGUCAGGCCUGGCCCAGACGACACCAUCAAGAGGGAGUCCAUCAAGAACCGGAUGAGACGCCUCAGCGACUGGACUGGGAGUUUGACCCGGAAAAAGCAGAGGAAUCAGGAGCCAAGGUACAAAGAAACCAGUGAGUGCUUUGACAGUGGUGUGGAUGGCCUCACUGCCGACACCAGCUCGCCCUCUCAGGUCUCCAGUCUCCUGGGGUACCCUAGGGGCCCCUCCAAGCCUCGGUCCCGCUCGCGGUCCCAAGCACUGCCGUCUCGGAGCGAAUCAGCCGGUGCUCUGCACCAAGGGGCCGACUCCUUGCGGCAGAAUAUCUACGAGAACUUCAUGCGGGAGCUGGAGGCCGGACGGAGUGGAGGAGGACUGGGCGGUGGAGAGGAGCUGCAGGAGCAGUCCACAGAGGGGACGGAGGAGACCAGCAGCGAGGAGGCGCGGGGCUCUCUGGAGCAGCUGGACCUGCUGUUUGAGAAGGAGCAGGGCGUGGUCCGGCGGGCGGGCUGGCUCUCCUUCAAGCCCCUCAUCACCCUCCACAAGGACAGGAAGCUGGAGCUGGUGCCCCGGCGCAAGUGGAAGCACUACUGGGUCACCCUGAAAGGCUGCACAUUACUCUUUUAUGAGACCUACGGUAAAAGCUCUUCUGAGCAGGACUUGUCCCCUCGCUAUGCCCUGUUAGCUGAAGACAGCGUCGUCCAGGCGGUACCUGAACACCCCAAAAGAGAGAAUGUAUUUUGCCUCAGCAACACCUAUGGCGACGUCUACCUCUUUCAGGCCAGUAACCAGACCGACCUAGAGAACUGGGUGACAGCCAUCCACUCGGCCAGCGCCUCCCUCUUGGCCAAGCGCCAGGGAAAGGAGGACACCCUGCGGCUCCUCCGGGGCCAGAUCCGUGGCCUCCUCCAGAAGAUCGACAUGGACAGCAAGAUGAAGAAGAUGGCUGAGCUGCAGCUCUCCAUAGUGAGCGACACCAAGAACAGGAAAGCCAUUGAAAACCAGAUUCAGCAGUGGGAGCAGAACCUGGAGCGCUUCAACAUGGACCUCUUCCGCAUGCGCUGUUAUUUGGCCAGCUUGCAGGGCGGGGAGCUGCCCAAUCCCAAGAGCCUCCUGGCCACCGCCAGCCGCCCCUCCAAAGCAGCACUGGGCCGCCUGGGGAUCUUCUCUGUCUCCUCCUUCCAUGCACUGAUCUGUUCUAGAGAUGAAGCCACGUUACGGAAGCGCUCAAUGUCUCACUCCCAAAAAGGACGUAGCAAACGGGGGAUCUUCUCCUCUCUCAAGGGCCUGGACCACCUGACCAGGCGGGGCCGUGAGAAGAGACCCUCAGCCUCUCAGCUGUUCGAGAGUGAGGCUGAGACACAAGUCAACUAUCUCCCACCUUACAGUUCUGACAGACUGGACAGCCUGGCAAACCUGUACUCCAUAGCACCACCUGAAGGCGGCCAGUGGAACGACAGCAGUGAAACCCAAGCCUGCAUUUAUAUGCCAGACAACCAAGCGGUCACGGUGCCCUUGAGACGGGAUCACAUGGUGGCGGACGCCAUGACUUUGGCCUGCAAGGUCAAGCACUUGGAUCCCAGCCUGUACUUCCUGCGUCUGCGGAGGUGUGUGGGUCAGAGUGUGGAGGUCUGUGUGCCUGAACCAGAGGAGCUGCUGCAGGACCUGCUGUAUGAGGACCUGGAGGUCUGCCCCCUGGAGGUGUUCUCCCUGCACAUGAGCAGACCCAGCAGCACAGCAGACUACGGUUUCGCAGUGACUGGGCAUGUUGACGUCCUGAACAAGAGCCGGAUCUUUGUCAGUGAAGUGCUCCCUGAUGGGCUGGCCUUUGGUGAAGGCUUGAGACCUGGGGAUGAGAUCCUGGUGCUGAAUGGGCGCGAGGUGUCUUCUCUGGACCUGAGCCUGAUCCAGAAGCUCUUUGCUGAGCACACGUUACAGCUCACCCUGCGGCGGGACCCUCCGUCUCACAGACGCUCCCCUGACGAUGCCACACUUCCACCCAACAUCUCCCAUGCCCGGGACACCCUGCACAAACCCCACAAAGCCAAGUCCUCCAUAGGUAAGAUGACCCAUCCACCCCCCACCCCACCACCGCACCCCCGCCUGCCUGCCCGCCGCGAAAAUUCCUCUUCCCCCUCUAACCCCUACACUGCCAACACGUUCACAAGCAGCAGCCCCAGUCAGCGGCCUCACAUAAUCAACUCAAGGCCUUGACGUCAGUCAGCUGGAUCGCCACAGCAGAUUAGCAGCUUACUCAAUUACCAUCGAGUAGGGUGCCAACGUGAGGAUGCACACAUCCCAACCCGGUGAAAGAACAUUUUGGCUCAUUAGAUUGGUUUUGGAAGUCAAUCAGGAUCCCUGCACUUGUUUUGAAGUCAACGUGAACUAAUAUUGGCAACAGAUGGCCCAGUGUGUGAAAGUCAGACUCUUUUUCAGAAAUGCUACUACUCAUCCGAAGCUGUGGCGCACCAUGCCGGCUGCCUAGUUUUCUAAUAGUAACCUAGUUUUUUCACCGCCUUUAGUCGGAAUCCACCCAAAAAAGACUUGGGUGUAAGUGUUUACAUAGCGCUUUUUUUAACAGACACUCGCUCUCCAGCCUCAACCAGGACAGUGGUUUGCAACCUCAUCGCUGACAACAUGAGGAACUUGACUAUCAUUUUUGAGGAACUUGACUAUCAUUUCUCUUUGCACGAAUACCUUACCCAGCAGCUAUCAGUAUCAUUGGUACAAGGACUGAAAGCGAAAGGGUCACAUAGCUUGAGCAGAUAGGUUGUUGUGACACGUAGAUGUUGGGAGACUUGAAUGUAUUGAAUGCAGAUUCAAAUUAACUCUGUUUUCGACAACUGGAAGGUAAGAACGUCAUGUAUCUCAGUGUUUCCUUAUUGCUCGAGGUACUAAUAUUAGGAAGACUAACAUGGUUUAAAAAAAAUAUUGCUGUCUAUUUUCCAGCAUUUUUUAGUCCUUGUUUACUGGUAGGUAUUUAAAGGCUAUUUUAAGAUUAAUGUAAAUGCAAUUACUAGUAUUAUACACUUUACGCAAAACUUUUUGCUUUUCCCUUUGAAAACAUUGCAGACAUUUUCAGCAUAUAGAGUCUGAUAGUUGGAGGCAUACUGUUUAAGUAAGAUAGUGACUAAUCAUGGGUCAUUUUAUAAGAAAACACAGGAAAUUGAAGAUAGAAUGCCAAAACAACUGGGUGCAUAGCAAAGAAGACACAGAGAAACUGCUCAUUAACAGUGUGUGAAACACAGUUCA